AUGGACUUCUCCGAUUCCUUCCGCCUUGUCAACCUCGCCGUGGGCGUGGUUAUGGUCCUGGGUGGCAUCUCCCAGUUCUUCCCCUUCGGCUUCCAAUCUCUGAUUGUCGGCAUCUACGUCAUCAUCUUCGGUCUCGCCGUGGCUCUCCUCGAGUUCCAGAUCCCGCCUCAGGUCUCGCGUUAUGCGUCGUUCCUGUUCUCCUUCCUCGGCCGUGGUAUUUUCUACAUCUUUGUCGGCUCGAUCCUCCUCCACGACCACGUCUUGCGCAUCAUCGCCGGCAGCAUUGUCGGCCUCGUCGGUGUCGGCUAUGUCGCCCUCGAGUUCAUCCCUUCGAUCGAGCCUCCGGCCAACAUGCGCGAGGCCGACCAGGGCUGGGGUGCUGAGCAGGUCUAA